CAGUGAGGUGCUACAGGUGUGGAGAGGAGGGCCACUUCGCACGAACAUGCAGGAAGAUUGUCUGUUUCCAGUGCCAGAAGACUGGACAUGUAGCGGCUCAGUGUCCGGGAAACGCACGGGGAGUGGAGAUGUCAGCGCCAGCCUCCUCUCCGCGCGGAUUCCAGGCGCCUUGCCCACAAGAACAGUGAAUAUCAGCGGAAGGCACGGACUGGCUCUGAUCGACUCUGGGUGCUCUAAGAGCAUUGUAUGCGAGUCAUUCUGUCGCAAGUGGACGGCAAGACAGACAAAUGUGAAGACGGUGAGCGGCGAAGCUUAUCGUUGCGACGGAGUCGGUCCGAUCGAACUUAGCCUCGGUGAGGAGCGAAGCGUCACGAUUGAUGCUUUGGUGGUAAAGGAGAAGCCGCUUGGAUUUGAUUUAGUCCUGGGCAUGGAUGGAAUAGAAGCUCUGGGUGGAGUUGUACUGGUAAAUGCCAGAAGUGCGUUCUUCGGAUCGGAGGAUGGAAAUGGAGGGUGGAGAGCUGCCGUAGCAGAAGAGGAACAGAGUGUGAGUGGUGAGGACGUCGUAGAAGGAGCGAAGAUACAAACACGGCUGGACGCAGCAGAGUUGGGCGAAAGGGUUACAGAAACGGAAAAGACAAAGGGUGGAGAAAAAGAAGCAGAUGUGUGCAAGAAUGUCACAGAAACGGAACAAGAGAAUGAUGAUAAAUUCAAGGUGCGAGAAAAACAAACCAGGACUGUGGAAGGUGCGGAUUUUAUUGCGCGCUAUGACGACAAAGAUCGUGAGUGGACAGUGGCAUGGAAGUGGGCGGCGGGCUCGGAGCCAGAGACGAUGAAAGGUGGACCCGCCGAGUACCAUGUGUCGCCGGAGUGCCGCGAAGAGUAUGACGCUGAGUUGCAAGAGUGGGUGGCAAACGGUUGGUUGCAACCGUACGAUGAGGCACGGCAAGGCCCGCCCAAAGGGAACAUUCCCCUUAUGGCAGUGGUGAACAAAAACAAGGAAAAGGUGAGGCCGGUUUUGGAUUUUCGGCAGUUGAAUGAGCACGUGGACGCCCAUACUGCAGAUGCCGACGUUUGCGCCGACAAACUUCGGCUAUGGCGACAACAGGGUACUGCCGGAGCCCUGAUAGACCUCCGGAAGGCGUACCUUCAGAUAAAGGUGGAAGAAUCCUUAUGGUCUUACCAAACCGUGAUUUUCCGAGGAAAGCGGUACAGUCUAACAAGACUUGGUUUCGGUAUCAACCUAGCGCCAGUCGUGCUGAAGAAGAUACUGGCAGCGGUGCUGAGCUGGGACGCCGAAGUUGACCGCGGCACAUCCCCGUUCAUCGACGACAUCUUCGUUAACGAGAGCGUGGUCCCGGCGGAGCAUGUGGAGGCUCAUCUCAAGCAGUACGGCCUAGACUGCAAACCCGAACGACUGUCAAACGGUGCUAGAGUCCUCGGACUCCGCGUGCAGAAGGAAGGAAGUGACUUGGUUUGGACACGAGACAAUGACAUCGGCAGCGUUCAGCAACCACUCACCAAGCGGGCGCUGUUCUCUCUGUGCGGCCGGCUAGUCGGUCACCUGCCGGUAUGUGGCUGGUUACGGCCUGCCACUUCCUUCGUCAAGCGGGUAGCAAACGCUACAACAGCGACGUGGGACACAGAAGUGAAGGACUCCAGAGUGCUGCAAAUGGUGAAGGAGAUCAUGCAGCGAGUGGAGGAAGCGGACCCAGGCCGUGGGCGAUGGAACGUUAGUGGCGAUGAAGCGACGGUGUGGGUCGACGCCAGCUCCCUGGCGCUGGGCGUGGCGGUGGAGAUGAACGGAGCCAUCGUUGAGGACGCCAGCUGGCUGCGGCGCGACGAAUGUAGCCACAUCAACAUGGCGGAACUAGACGCAGCUCUGAAGGGAGUCAACAUGUCCCUCCAGUGGGGAGUGAAGAAGGUGCAGCUGAUGGCGGACUCAAAAACCGUCUUCCACUGGCUGACAGAUACCCUGUCAGGGAAAGCGCGCCUCAAAACCAAGGCGGCGGGCGAGAUGUUGAUACGGCGAAGAUUGGAAACAAUCAGGGCGACGGUGGAAGAAUACAACUUGAGCGUGACCGUGCAGUACGUCAUGUCGAAGGAGAACCGAGCAGACGUGCUCACCCGAGUGCCGCAGAGGUGGCUGUCUCCGGCGGCGGAUGACAGCGUGACAGCGGUUGGUGAUGACGUCGUGGCUGCCGCUGACGUGACUGCAGUAGCAGCAGAAGAUGACGUCGACGUCGAGGAGAUGAUCCGUCGCAUCCAUCACAAAACAGGGCAUCCCGGUGUGCGACGGACUUACUACUUCUGCCGGAGAGCCGCCCCAUCGGUCACCAAAAGUCAAGUACGAGCGGUGGUACGGCGGUGUGAACAGUGUCUGUCCAUUGAUCCAGCUCCAGUCCAAUGGCAGAAAGGGAAUCUCAGCGUAUCUGGGCCGUGGAAGCGGCUGAGUAUGGAUAUCACUCAUGUGGGAGCGCAUCAGUACCUGACUCUGGUGGACAGCGGACCGUCCCGCUUCGCAGUGUGGCGACAGCUGCGGAGACUAGACAGUGCCGCUAUCAUAGAACAAUUAGAACAGCUCUUUUGUGAGCGUGGACCACCAGACGAGAUACUUACUGACAACGCGGCUUCUUUUCGGAGUCGCGCCUUCAUAGCCUUCGCCGAACGAUGGGGCGUCGCGAUGAGGUUCCGGAGCGCACACCAGCCGUCAGGAAAUGGGAUCGCAGAGAGGUGCCAUCGCUCAAUCAAACGAACCGUAGCCCGCACGGGCUGUUCAGUGCAAGAAGCUUUGUAUUGGCACAAUGUGACCCCCAAAGACGACAUCAACCCUGAAACAGCACCGGCCAAUGCGUUGUACAGAUACGAAGUCAGACUGCGUGGGAUCGAUGCCGGUGCAUGCAACCCCGGAAUCGUAGCGUGCCGGUUUGGGGUCGGUGACCGUGUCUGGGUGAGAGAUCCGACACGCCGAUGUGACGCGCAAAGCUACAUUGGCACAGUCACCAACGUGGUGUCUCCACAAACAGUUGACGUGGACGGUAUACCCCGUCACGUGCGUGACUUACGACCAGUUGCUGCCUGCGACAGCCAGCGGUCAGCGGCAGAAGAUGAGCUGGGGGGAGCAGCGGCGGAUGAGGAGGAACCAUGGCUCGUGCAAGUUUCUGUUCGACAACCAACGCUGGAUGUGAACGAGAGCACAAACGAAGAUAUGAGGGCGCCCAGUCACGAGCUGAUUGAGACGCCUGAGCUUGAGCAGAGUGGGACCGAGCCUGACCAAGAGGACCGGCAACAGCCUGUCAACGAGCCAUUGGGAAGAGGACGUCGCGUAACAAGGCAGCAGACUCGAUGCAGAAUGUGUACCUGAACCACAGUUGAGAUGAUCGGAGAUCAGGGGGGAGUGUACGAGUUAGAAGAAUAUUUGUGUUACGCUAUAGUUUGUGAGAGGUGCCACAGUGUAUAUUUAGAAAGACAGCUAAUGUGCGGCACUUACAGAAAAAUAGUGCGAGAAAUUGGACUGAUAAGAAAAUUGAUUUAAAAAUCCAACAGGGAGAAGAGGAAAAGAAACGAGCAGAGAGGAGAAUAGAGAUAGAGAGAAGGGGAGAGCAAGGAGAG